AGGACUUCGCUCAGCCAGUCCACCAGCAAGACGGGUGGCUUCGAAGAUCUCAGUCAGACGUCCAUGAUGCGGACGAGAUCAGUUCCAACUUUGGGAUCUCGCACGGUCGAGAAAUGGCCAGCAGCAGUGCAACCGCUGCCUCCUACCUGGCAUGUUUCUUCGACCUCUAGUUUGCCUGGCCUUGCAAAAUCCAGUUCGAAGGGUUCCCUUGGCUCGAAAACGGUAGCUGCCUCUGCUUCAUCUGAUGACCCGAAAGAAAAACAGAUCGAAGCAGCCUGCAGAAAGCUUUGGACGGCUGUGCAUGGCAGCGAGAAAUACAUCAAGGAUGAGAUUAAAAGGCUGCAGAAAGAAGAGCCUGGAGCAACUAAUCAGGCAUUUCUUGCCAAGCUUAACAAGGCCGAUAGUAGCUUUCCAUCUGUCAAGAAGGCUCUCAAGACAGGAGCGAAAAUCGAUUGGAGAAAUCCUGAGUGGGAUGGAGCAACGCUUUUGCUACGCGCAGCACGCACUGGCUCCCUGGAGCUUGCAAUGUUCUGCUUAUCGCAGCAAGCCAACAUCGCUGAGAAAGAUAACUCUGGAAGAGGCGUCUUGCACUGGGCAGCUCUGUCCGGCAACAAUUUCCUGAUGCACUACUUCCUGACUGAAUAUCGAGAACAACUCAACGUUGUCCAGGAAGAUGGUGGUGGUGACAGUCCACUCCAUCUCGGAGCAUACGCUGGUCAUCUUGGCGUCGUUCGUCUUCUUCUUGGAGCUGAUGCAAAGGAAACCCCCAAUGCUGGUGGGUUCACUCCAACACAGCUAGCGGAGGCAAAGCGUAUGUGGCAUGUUGUGCGACACCUCCGCGAGAAUCAGAACGAUGAUGUGGUGAAGGAACGCCUGGGCCACAUUCUGAGAUACAACAAGACGGAAGAGGCAGAGGAGGAGGAUAUUCCCAUGCGCGAACUGGUAUUUCGGCCGUGUGACAUUCACAAGGCGAACCAGCUCAUUGCCUUGAAGGAUGACUGA